GUGUAGAAGUUAAUUACCAACAGCAUGCUAGAGCUAUCAUGUUUAAGUUGAUGGGUGGCAGCUUAUUUCCCAACACGACAAGAAAUAAGGUUAGUUUGUAUCUGUUGGAGGUAAUCAUGCGUGACUCUGUGCUGGUGCGGGGUCGUGCCAUAAGUGCUGCGGUUCUUAGUUUCUUGUAUCGUAGUAUGUGUCGUGCGAGCAUGACACAUGUAUCUCAGAUUGGAGGGUGUCUUAUCCUCUUACAGCUUUGGGCAUGGGAACGUCUGCCUAUGACUAGACCUAGGGGCAUUGUACCAUUGGAGCAGCUGGUUAAUGUUCCAUAUGGUGUCAGACAGUUUGGUGCCCUCCAAGUGACUCAAAGAUAUUGUCUCCGCCACCAACGCAGCAAUUUCUGGCAGAAGUUUCGAAGUAAGAAGCUGCGGACCUUAAUGUACAAAGGUGGUGAGGCCCCGAACAGAAGUGAGUUUGACCAAUUGCUCCUCCGAAUAGCAUCCAAAAAUCAAGAAGCCUACAACUGGCUUAAUGCAAUUCCAAAACACAAGUGGGCUUUGUCACAUGAUGAAGGUGGGGCACGUUAUGGUAUAAUGACUACAAAUUCUUCAGAAAGUUUCAAUCAUGUCCUUAAAGGAUGUCGUUGUUUGCCAGUAUAUGCCAUUGUGAAGUUCACCUAUGAUAAGCUUGUCAAACUUUUCGCUGAGAGGCGAACCAAUGGAUAUUCUUACAUCAACACUUACUCUGGCAUCAUAAUGCCGCUACCAGAUGAAUCCGAAUGGCCUACUCCAGAGUACGAGAUCCUGAGGCCAACGCCACGACAGACCACAUGAACCGGCCGACGUACGAGAACCCGCUAUCAGAAUAACAUGGACUAUCGACCACGGAGACAUCGUAACGAGGAAUAGAUGUGUCUUGAAUUUCAAUUAUGUCUGAGUUUAUGUAUUAUUAGAUUUUCCAACUAAGUUUUUCAUGGAUUGUGUUUUGGCUUCUUCUUUUUUAAAAUUUUAUUAUAGUAUAUUUUUUACAUCUUCUUUAUGUAUGUUUCCUUUAUUUUGUAAUGAAUUUAGUUUCUUAUA